CGCUUCGGCCGUCGGCGUUCCCGCGAAACGCCAAUUUGCAGGCGCCAGUUCGCUCCGUUCCGCGUCACGGCAGAAACGUGUUCGCGUUCGCGUCUUCCGUCAUCUGCCGCGAGCGAACAACCAUAAUAAGUUAAUCCGCACGCGAGGGUGUUCACGUUUGUUCUGUUCCGACAGCGAAACCAGUGCAAAUCAGGGUGAUAUCCGCAUGACGAGAGAGCGGCAACCAGCCGAGGAGACGCGUAGCUGUGACGGACCUUCGCUUAAUGCGUAUACGGGACUUCGUUUACGGUUCAUGAAACUCUCUAAAUUUGCGUUCUAUCCUUAGGAGCCUGCGUCAAUUGACGUCAAUCGCUGCACUAAGCCUAUAAGCGACGAUCAUUUAGCGGCCUGAUUUAGCCCAAGUUGGCUGAACGCAGCUAUACCUUGGCGGAAGGACGCUCAUCGUGGAGUCGCCUUUCGGUCGACAGAUAAAUCAAAAUUGACGCGCGAAAGGGAGAAAGAUUCAGUCGAGGUAUCGUCGUGACGACGUCGUGCGUGAAAUUUACCACCAAUAUUUCCAAAAUUUGCCCCUUUGAGGUUAUGUGGCGCAUAUAGAGGGCGUUACGGGGCGUACAGGGGUUGGUCCGGUUGGUCGUCGUUUCGCGCGCUGCUCUCCCGCGCUUCCAGAUCCACGUCCUCUAUUUUUCUCGGAAUAUCGUCGAUUUGCGACUCGCACACGCUGCAAAAUAGCUCAGAGGCGAGAUUAAUGAAUUUUUCGACUACCGAAAUCGAUUCCGAACGAAAAUCAUAAGUCGAUACGGUGAAUCAAAGACGGCCAAGAGAACGUGCAUUAUGGCGAUCGGGUGCGUGUAGACUUCGCGCGCUCCUCCACUUUUCGUCAUUUUCCUAAGGAAAUUGUUGCGCCUGGAUUGAAAAAAUUCAUCGCACCCUCGUUCCAAGAGUCUCCGUUAUCGUAUACACUUGGAAAAAAUUUUUUCCGACUACAAAUAUUUUCCUUACGCGUUGGCAAUCCGGCGGGAAAAUGCCACAGAGCAGUUUGCAGGAAAAGAAGGCACAAACUUAUUUGCAAGGAGGCAAAGCCCAGUCUUUGAAACGCAAGAGACGUACUACAGAACUCUCAGAAGAUUCAGAAAACAUAUACCCACCUAGUAAAGUACCUACGUUGUCUCAUGUCUCGUAUACGGAAUCUUGUAAUACCACACCAUCAGUAGAUGCUGCAUGCACUCCCCAACAUCAGACCUCUCCGUUGAAAGAACAGCAAGAGCCUGCUACAUGGUCUGAAUUAAGAAGUGCAACUUGUUUCUUAACACCUUCAGCCUCCAAUAGCACAUCCAUUAGACCUAGUCCAUUGCCGUCUCUACCAUGGGCCGAUGGCUCCCAAGUAUGGUCUCUCAUGUGCCUUGGGGAUCAGAAAACUCUAAUUCAAAGGGAUCCAGAAAUGUUCCAGAGGCAUCCAACAUUACAGCCACGGAUGAGAGCCAUCUUAUUAGAUUGGUUGAUUGAGGUCUGUGAGGUGUAUAAAUUACAUAGAGAGACUUAUUAUCUCGCUAUGGACUAUAUAGACAGAUAUUUGUCUAUUCAUCACGAUGUACCUAAAAACCAGUUGCAACUUAUAGGGAUAACUUGUCUUUUUAUUGCUUCUAAGGUUGAAGAAAUAUAUCCACCUAAAAUCGCGGAAUUUGCAUAUGUCACCGAUGGAGCCUGCACAGAAGAAGAAAUUUUGGGAAAAGAGUUAAUGAUCUUGAAAGGACUUGGAUGGAAUCUGUCCCCAAUAACUGCUCCAGGAUGGCUCAAUAUUUACAUGCAGAUUGAAUCAGGCGACUCAUCCAAACCAAACACUUUUAUAUAUCCACAAUAUGGUGGAUUGCAAUAUUCUCAAGCAGCUCAAUUAUUAGAUCUGGCGACUUUGGACGAAGGUUGUUUAAAGUUUCCAUACAGUCACAUAGCUGCAGCAGCAAUUUAUCAUACUCAAGGAAGAGAAUGCGCAUUGAGAGUGUCCCGAUUGUCAUGGGAACAGCUUGCUCCUUGCGUCAAAUGGCUUACGGCAUUUGCUACUACCGUCGCGGAAGAGGAUUCCCAGUCUCUUUUAAGAUCUACGAUUACGCUUGUAGAAUCACACUCUGGAUCCGGACUGAAGGCCACUGUACCUAAUAUUGUUGUAGACGAAUCGCAUCGCAUACAGACUCACGUAGUCGAUUUGAAUAUGUUGGAAAAGGCGCAGCAACGAUUAGCUGGAGAAAUCCCGAGUGGCUAUGUGAACGAUUCGGAUACAAAUGUUGAACCUGGUAGACAAAGCCCAAACGAGAGUGGCCUUUUAACUCCGCCGUCUAGUAAUCAAAAAAGUUCUCCGUUAUCAACAUGCCCUACACCACAAUUACAUCCUUAUACAUAA